AUGCUGUCUUUGACAACGUCAAUCUUCGGCCUUGUGGCUGUUGCGCCCCUGGUCUCAGCAGCAUCACAAUCCAACGUCCUCAAUAAGGAUGUUGUGAUCGUUGGUGGUGGUGCGUCCGGUGCUUAUGCUGCUGUUCGCAUCCGUGAUGACUUUGGCAAGAGCAUCGCUCUCGUGGAGAAGGAGAGCAUCCUGGGUGGCCAUGUCGACUCCUACGUCGACCCCCAAACCGGCACUCCCUACGACUACGGCGUCAAGACCUUCCUGGACACCGGCAACGCCACGGGCUUCUUCGACCGGUUCGGCAUCGCGCGAGGCAGCUCGCCCACCGUCCCCGUCACCACCGAAUACAUCGACUUCCUGACCGGCGAGACCGUCAACUUCACCGCGCCCCCCAUGGCCGACCAGAUGUCCGCCAUGGCCAAGUUCCUCGACAUCGUCGAGCCCUGGGAAUCCCUCAUGCAGCCCAGCUACACCAAGUUCCCCGUCGGCGACGACAUCCCCUCCGACCUGCUCCUCCCCUACGCCGACUUCAUCACCAAGCACGGCCUGCAGGACGCCGUCCCCCUCAUGUACCAGUCCACGGGACUCGGCCUGGGCAACAUGGCGCAGGAAACCACGCUCUUCGUCCUCCAGGGCUUCGGCGCCUCCAUGGCCCGCGCCAUGCUCGGCAAGCAGAACAUGUUCGUCCCUGCGUCCGGACGCAACCAGGACCUAUACGACGCAGUCGCAGACUCCCUGCACUCUGACAUCCUGUACUCGAGCACGGUGGUUCGCAGCAAACGCAGCGCAUCAGGCGUCUCGCUGACCGUGCAGAACCACAAGACGAACGAGACGACGGUCAUCCACGCCAAGCGGCUACUUUUGGCGAUCGAGCCGACCGCGUCGAACAUGGCGCCGUUCGACCUCGACGCCGACGAGCAGGCCGUGUUCGACAAGUUCGUCUACAGCAAUGAGUACACCGGUCUGGUCGACAACAGAGCCUUCGCUACCAACGCCUCCUACUUCAAUCUCCCUGCGUCCGCCGCCCCCAGCAACUACCUGGCGCUCCCGGACCCGUCGUUCACGGCGCGGAUUGACUACUUCGGCGGGGCGCAUCUCUUCCGCGUCACUGUGGUUGGGGACCAGACGCUUGAUGCGGCGGGGGCGAAGAAGCUCGUGCAGAAGGACUUUGAUACGCUGCUGGAGGCGGGCCGGUUGACGGAGAGUAGGAAGCAGGAGCUAAGCUGGGUGGACUUCUCGGCGCAUGGGCCCAUGCAUGCGCGCGUAUCGGUGGCCGACGUCAAGGACGGGUACUUUAAGAAGCUGUAUGGGUUGCAGGGGGGUCGGUCGACGUGGUGGACUGGGGGUGCGUUCUCGGUGAAUUUCCAGACGACGUUGUGGGAGUUUGACGAGCUGCUGAUUCCUGAGCUGUUGGAGGGGUUGAACUAAAUUACUAAAUAGAGUUAGAGCUGGAUAUGAAUCGGAUGAUGGGUAUGAGAAUGUAUUUUAUUUUUUAUCGUGGUGGUGAG